AUGCCCCGACCAACUACGCGCGAGGAAGUCCUCUCCCGACUUCGCAAGACCAUCGACGAUGGCUCUAUCGUCGUUGGAGCUGGUGCAGGUAUUGGCCUCUCAGCCAAAGCCGUCGAACAAGGCGGCUGCGAUCUAAUCCUGAUCUACAACUCGGGACGAUUCCGCAUGGCAGGACGCGGGUCGUUAGCCGGCCUGAUGCCGUACUCCGAUGCGAACAAAGUCGUCGUCGAGAUGGCCAGUGAAGUCCUCCCCGUAGUGGAGCACACGCCCGUCCUCGCCGGCGUCUGUGGCACCGACCCCUUCCGCUCGAUGCCCCAAUUCCUCACCGAACUACAGCGCCUCGGCUUCGUCGGCGUACAGAACUUCCCGACUGUGGGCCUGAUCGAUGGCCAAUUCCGGUUGAAUUUGGAGGAGACGGGUAUGGGCUAUGACAAGGAGGUGGAGAUGAUCGCGACCGCCCACCAACUAGGCCUCGUCACCACGCCGUAUGUGUUCAACGCGGAGGAUGCGGUCAAGAUGGCGCGCGCGGGUGCGGAUGUGGUGGUUGCCCAUGCUGGAUUGACUACGUCUGGUGCUAUUGGUGCGCUGAGCGGGCGCUCACUGGAAGAUUGUGUGGGGUUUGUGCAGGAGAUUCGCGAUGCAGCGGUUGGGGUUAAUCCCGAAAUUCUGGUGUUGUGUCAUGGCGGACCCAUUGCGCGCCCAGCCGAUGCGGAGUUUGUGCUGUCGCGGACCAAGGGGGUGCAUGGGUUCUUUGGGGCGAGUAGCAUGGAGAGAUUGCCAGUGGAGGUUGCCAUUAAGGAAAACGCGGAGGAAUUCAAGAAACUGCGAGUCGGCCCGAACUAA